AUUGAGGAAGUGUUUGACAAACGUCUUUCCUGUUCCCUCCAGUAGUUUGUUUACGUUUCGUUUCGGCGCCGCCGGUGUGAAAACAUGACAGAAUUAUUGCUUAAAAUUAAAAACAGCGUGCCAGCCAAAAAGAAGACCGCCUUGACUCAGAGCGACUUAGAGUCUUGGGGUUUAAAAGGGAUCCAGCUGCGGGCCUACCAGCUGGAUGGCGUCCAGUGGCUGACGCAGUGCCUGCAGAACCAGCAGGGAUGCAUCCUGGGAGACGAGAUGGGCUUGGGAAAAACUUGUCAGACCAUCUCCCUGUUGGUGUAUAUGUCAGGCGCUCUUGAUGUCAAAGGUCCAUUUUUGGUCCUCAGUCCGCUCUCUGUCAUGGAGAACUGGAGGAGUGAGUUGGAACGUUUUGCACCGUUUCUGAGUGUGCUUUGCUACAAGGGAGACAAGGACAGACGAGCCGAGAUUCAAGGGGAUGCUCAGGACUUCCACGUUCUACUCACCACAUACGAGCUCUGCCUCAAAGAUGUGUCCUUCCUCAGACGGUGGAAGUGGAAGGUGCUGGUCGUAGACGAGGCUCACCGCCUCAAGAACCAGAACUCUCUGCUACGUAAGACCCUGACGGAGUUCUCACUGGACUUCCGGGUUCUGCUGACUGGCACGCCCAUCCAGAACAACCUGCAGGAGCUCCACUCCCUGCUGAGUUUCGUCCAGCCCGCUGUCUUCUCGGCAGAAGACGCGGACGACUUUUCCCGCUCUUACGCAGACGUGCGGAGUCAACCAGCACUUGCUGCCGAGCUGCAGAGCGUCCUGGAGCCCUUCUUGCUCCGCCGGGUCAAGUCGGAGGUGGCGGUGGACCUGCCCAAGAAGACGGAAGUGGUGGUGUACCACGGCAUGUCGGCGCUACAGAAGAAAUACUACAAAGCCCUCCUGAUGAAGGAUGUCGAGGCUUUUGGCAACGACCAGAGCAGCAAGACCCGUCUGCUGAACAUUCUGAUCCAGCUGAGGAAGUGCGUGGACCACCCGUAUCUGUUUGACGGAGUGGAACCGGAACCGUUUGAGAUGGGGGAACAUCUGAUUGAAGCAAGCGGGAAACUCCGCCUCCUGGACAACAUGUUAGCCUACCUGCAUCAAGGGGGGCAUCGUGUUCUCCUCUUCUCCCAGAUGACCAGGAUGCUGGACAUCCUUCAGGACUACAUGGAGUACAGAGGUUUCAGCUACGAGCGUCUGGACGGCUCGGUCCGCGGCGAAGAACGCAACCUGGCGGUGAAGAAGUUCAGCGGCGAGGACGUUUUCGUCUUCCUGCUCGGUACCAAAGCAGGAGGCGUGGGCAUGAACCUGACGGCUGCGGACACGGUCAUCUUUAUGGACAGCGACUUCAACCCUCAAAACGACCUGCAGGCUGCCGCGCGCUGCCACCGGAUUGGCCAGCACAGGCCGGUGAAGGUGGUCCGCCUGCUGGCCAGAGACACGGUGGAGGAGAUCAUGUACUCGCGCGCCGUCUCCAAGCUGGAGCUCACCAACGCAGUGAUCGAGGAGGGACGUUUCUCGCUGCUGGAGCGCGCUCAGUCUGCAGCGGCGGGACUGCAACUCAGUGAGAUCUUGAAGUUCGGCGUGGACAAGCUGCUGUCCUCCGACGAGAGCUCGGUCCAGGACGUGAAACUGCAGAAGAUCCUCGGACCCUCACGUGACGGUCGCUGGACGGUCGACCAAGAGGAUGCAGACGAAGACCCCUCCUCUUUGCGAGAAGAGGAAGACAGGGAGUCGGAAUAUGACAUGCAGAACCACAUGUACUGCUUCGAGGGCAAAGACUACAGCAAGGACCCCAGCUCGGAGGACCAGAAGAGCUUCGAGCGCCUGCUGGAGGAACAGCUCGCCGAGCUGCAGAAAACCGGCGGGGAAGGACGAAGUCUGCGGAACAAAACCGACGUGUCGGCGGCGGCGGCGCUCGCCUUCCCGAGCAGGAAGCGGCGUCCUCUCACUGAGGAGGAGGCGGAGCUACGGCGGCGGAAGCGCGAGGAGGCGGCGGCCAAGCGGGCCAAAUAUGAGGCGGAGGCCAAGAAGAAGCAGGAGGAGCACAAGUACAAAAAAAAGAUGGCGCGGUGGGCGUCGAGCGGCUACAGAUCGCGCUGCCUGAAACCCGCGCACAGCGACGAAGACGAAGAGGAGGACGAGGAGGACGCCACGAGCGUGGCCUCGGCCGACUCGGACGGCGGCGCCAUCCACUACGUCCUGGGAGACGUGACGCAUCCUCACGCCGCACGCGGGGACGCCGUCAUCGUGCAUUGUGUUGAUGACUCGGGCCGGUGGGGGAAGGGAGGCUUGUUCACUGCCCUGGAGGUGCGGUCGGCUGAACCCCGCCGGCAGUACGAGCUGGCGGGUGAGAUGAAAGACUUGGAUCUCGGAAGCGUGCUGUUUUUUCCCAUCGAUGACAAACAGUCCCGGCUGGACGGGAACGAUCACCUGGCGCUCAUCGUGGCGCAGCGGCGAGACAAGGACAACAAAUUGUCGGGCAUCUUUCUGACGGCGCUGGACCAAGGCCUGAAGCGGAUUUACGCCGCCGCCAAACGCAAACGAGCGAGCGUGCACCUGCCUCGCAUCGGCCACGCCACCGAGGGCUUCAACUGGUACGGCACGGAGCGCCUGAUCCGGAAACAUCUGGCUUCCAGAGGCAUCCCCACCUUCAUAUACUACCACAGUCGCGGCGCCAAAAACGUGCUCGCCGCCGCCUCGGCGUCGUCGUCGGAACCGCAGGAGGCGGGCCCGUCCGCCCCCGGGGGCCCCCUGACCUCCCCCGACCUGCCGUCUUUCAUGAGGGGCGUCUGCGUCUUUUUCUACAACCUGACGGCGACGGACCGAAAGAGGCUGGCGCGCUACCUCUGCACGUAUGACGGCGACGAGGAGGCGGGGAUGAGCGGCGAGGUCACCCACAUCGUCGCCGAGGUGGAGCACGAGCUCCACUCCCAGGAGCUGCGCGAGCUGACUCGCCGCUACCGUCGGGCCGUGCCGGUGCGCAAGGCCUGGCUGGAGGCCUGCUUCUCGCAACAGAGGCAAGUCUGCAGCGCGUCCUUCACCCACGCGCUCGCGUAACACGGGCGUGUGUGUGUGUGUGUGUAUGUUUUACCUCAGCGUGAGAACAAUACAUGAAAUAUUGAAUAAAUAUCCGUGUAGAACCAGACAGAAGUGUCAACCUCAUUUUAAGCAAGGGCCACAUUGGACUUAGGAUUUCCCUCAGA